AUGGCGAAAACUUACGACUACUUGUUCAAGCUUCUGCUUAUCGGCGACAGUGGAGUUGGAAAGACGUGCGUUUUGUUUAGAUUCUCCGAUGACUCAUUCAACAACUCUUUCAUCUCAACUAUCGGAAUCGAUUUUAAAAUCCGCACUAUCGAACUCGAUGGGAAGAAGAUCAAAUUACAAAUUUGGGACACAGCCGGCCAAGAAAGAUUCAGAACAAUCACCACGGCGUAUUAUCGGGGAGCCAUGGGAAUCAUUCUCGUUUACGAUAUCACAAAUGAGCGUUCAUUUGAAAACAUCAAAAACUGGAUUCGUAACAUUGAAGAGCACGCAGCAUCGGAUGUGGAGCGAAUGAUUAUUGGAAACAAGUGUGACAUUGAAGAACGUCGCGAGGUGUCGAGAGAACGUGGAGAGCAGCUGGCUAUUGAGUAUGGUACGAAGUUCCUUGAAACCUCAGCGAAAGCAAAUCUCAACAUCGAUGAAGCGUUCUUUACGCUGGCUCGCGACAUCAAGAGUAAGAUGGAGCAGAACGAGAUGCGUGCCGGUGGAUCAUCUUCCAAUGCGGGUCGUGUAAAUGUCGGAGGAACUGGAACACAGAAGAAGAGCUUCUUCAGCAACUGGAGCUGUUCAUUGCUUUGA